AUGGCUUUAAUAGAGUAUUCUGGAUUCAAAUGGGAAGAAUUGAAAUUAAGGAAAAAAAACUUUCUAGUAAGAUUAUUAGGAACAGGUUAAAGAUAAUAUAUUUAUGAUGGAGAAAUAAUUAGAACAGAAUAAUGUAUUGAAUAAUAUAAAAUUAUGAAUAGAUGAUAAUUUUUCAAACAAACCCGAUAUUAUGACAAAUAUUUAAGAAAUACAAAAUUUAUAUUGGAAUGGUUUAAAAUAGAAUGCUCAGAAAGU